AUGAAGUCUAGUGCUUUAUACCACUGUGCUCUGUACACCCUGCGUCUGGCAGUGCUUGUUGCUGGGAACGUCCACCCAGAAUGUGAUUUUAUGACACAGCUGAAGAAAAAGGAGGCUGAAUGUCUGGAGGACCCAGAAGAGCAUGAAAAUGCAACACCAGCAGGUUGCAAGAGAGCUUGGGACAAAUUACUGUGCUGGCCAGAGGCAGAUGCUGGAGACAUUCUUGCCUUACCAUGCCCAAACAUUCUCUUUCACUUCAUGAAGGAGUCAGCUGGGAUAGUAAAAAGGAACUGCACAAAGAAAGGCUGGUCUGACCCAUUCCCUCCCUACCAUAUUGCUUGUCCAGUAGAAGAUGAGAUUCCACUUGACGAAAAAUCCUACUUUUCUACUAUAAGGAUCAUCUACACUGUAGGGUACAGUGUAUCGAUCACCUCACUCAUUAUUGCAGUGACAGUUCUUAUUGCGUUCAGGAGGCUUCGCUGUCCCAGAAAUUAUAUUCAUAUACAGCUCUUUUUUACUUUUAUCUUGAAAGCUAUUGCCAUUUUCAUUAAGGAUGCUGUUCUUUUCCAAGAGGAAGACAUUGAUCAUUGCAGCUUCUCUACAACUGAAUGCAAGAUCUCAGUUGUUUUCUGUCACUACUUCAUGAUGACCAAUUUCAUGUGGCUGCUAGUAGAGGCUCUUUACCUAAACUGUCUACUACUGUCAUCCCUUUCUCAUGGAAGAAGAUAUUUCUGGUGGCUUGUUCUCUUUGGCUGGGGUUUUCCAACGCUCUUUACCCUUAUAUGGAUAUUAGUAAAAUUCUACUUUGAAGACACAGCGUGCUGGGAUAUUAAUCAAGGCUCUCCUUACUGGUGGUUAAUCAAAGGACCUAUUAUAACUUCUGUUGGGGUCAAUUUUGUCCUAUUUAUCAACAUCAUCAGAAUUUUGCUGAAAAAACUAGACCCUAGACAAAUCAACUUCAAUAACUCUUCUCAGUACAGACGUCUCUCAAAGUCAACUCUGCUCCUAAUUCCAUUAUUUGGAACCCAUUAUAUUGUCUUCAACUUUCUUCCGGAAUACACCAGCCUGGGGGUUCGGCUUUACUUAGAACUCUGCAUUGGAUCUUUUCAGGGGUUUAUUGUAGCAGUUCUCUACUGUUUCCUGAACCAAGAGGUGCAAACGGAAAUUGGACGGAGGUGGCACGGUAAGAGAUAUGGACUUAUGCCAGUGUGGAGAAGGACAAGAUGGACUGUGCCGUCCAGUUCUGGAGUAAAAAUGACCACGUCUGUGUGCUAAAGAUGACCUCAGGAUCUGGAGUAAUCACAUAUAAGAGCUUAAGGAAAAAACAAGCAAACAAAGAAACCAAAAAACCCACCAAACAUAAUGAUUGCUGUUUAUAUCGAGCAAAUUGGAGGAGGAUCCCCUUCCACAGCAGUUUUUUCCACUGGACAAACAUUUCAGUGACAGAUUACUGACUGGCCUUCGAAAUAGUAUCAAUAUACUAUGCAUCACAGCAAGCACAAAUACCAACUCUUGGUUCACUUCCUGUACACUUUCACUGAUGAACCAUAUAUAAAAUUAUGGCAUAAUGUGCCUAGGGAGUGGACAGCAAGAGUACCCUAU